UUCCUAGUGGUGCUUUCGUGAAAUAAUUGUUGGUGUUUCUUUCGUGAAAAAAAUAGACCAUUUUAAACGGAAAAUCUUAUGUUCUGUGCGGAAAAGUUUUAAUUGACAAUGUGCAAAUCGCUUGUGCUAUUUUUGUUAAACAGUAUCGAAUUCUAUAUAUUAAAUAUUGACUGUUCAAAGAUGCGUAAUAAAAGAACUAUGUGUAAAAUAAACUUUCAGUGACAUAACAGUGAUAUAAUAUUCAUAAUUUAAAUUUUAAAGCAAUAUCAAUUAAUUUAAUUCUAAUGGCAACUUGUUUGAAAAGAUCGCGAUCACGACGACGUAUUGCUGCUCUUACUUUUUUGUCUAACAUUUCUCUAGAUGGUAGUUAUAGAGACACUCGAUUAGCUUUGCUGCCUCGCAAUGGGGCCAUUAACAAAACCCACCUGGCUGCUUUUGUUUGCACAGAUGAAAUUCAAGAAGAAUCCGAUGGGGGAAUGGAUGUAUUAUUCAAAUCAAAUCCCAAAAAACAUAUCCCCAAAUAUAAAGCAUAUAAUACUGAUGUGCAUUCUUUAAGUUCGGACUCUGAAAGUGUUAUUACACCAAUAAAAGCCAAUAUUGAAGAAAAUGCACAAAGAAGUAAAAUUCUCAGAGAAAGAACCGGCACCAUCGGCAGUCAGUCGGAGCCGGAUCGCAAGAAAAUCGUUGGAAAAUUGGUGGGGAAAAGGGGCGGGGGCGGGCACACUCGUCAAAACUCUGUGAGCAGCGACACGAACGAAAGGCACGGCGGCUACGGCAGCAGCUGCGAGAGCCUGGGCCCCAUCGUGGCGGCAAGAUGCGGCAAAAGCCCCGCGCCCGGCUCCGGCCCGCCGGCCACCAUCCCGGAAAAGACCAAACGGGAAAUCAAGCAUUUCAAGCCCACCGCCAAACACAAGUUCGGCGACGAGAGGAUCGUCAUGGUCACCUCCAGAAACAUUCCCUUCAUGGUUUGUUCCGUCAUUCCUUACAAGAAAAACCACAGAAUUGAAUGGAAAAAGGAAGGAACAAGAAAAAGAACAACUUCCGGCAACAGACCGCUUUCGACUAUCGGCGACGGUCUGGAUGCAUUUGAUUCAUUGGGCAUUGAACGCGGAGCUGAUGGACAGGAAGUAUCGUACGCAUAUCUUUUGAUUCCGACAAAGAAUGCCAAGGAGUUCAGAGAACGUCGCAUUCACACAAUCGACGACCCCACGGAUGCCUCGCAAAUCAACCAAACAAAUCAACGUCAUCAUUUAAUUGCAAGGACAAAAGUUAUAACUUGGCAACCAGAAUAUAAAUGGUGUUUUUCGUACGACCAAGCUGCGCAAAGAGCGAGCGCGCACGUGGUGGCCGGCCAUUCCCCCCCACCGGAUUCAAAGGACGAGCCCUUGGCUCCGUUUCACUACCAUCCGCAUUUGCUGGACGAUCCGGAACUGAUCGCCGGAAAACACCGGACCCUGCUGACGUUCACGUCCUACAUGACGUCGGUGAUCGACUACGUGAGGCCGUCGGACUUGAAGAAGGAGAUCAACGACAAAUUUAGGGCCAAAUUUCCCCACAUCCAGCUCACGCUGAGCAAACUGAGAAGCUUGAAAAGAGAGAUGCGCAAAAUCGCGAAGACCGAGUGCCAGAUCGACUUGGUGACGGUGGCUCAGGCGUACGUCUACUUCGAAAAGCUGAUCUUGCGCGGGCUGAUCAACAAGCAGAACCGCAAGCUGUGCGCCGCAGCCAGCUUGUUGCUUAGCGCAAAGUUGAACGACGUGAAGGGCGACGCGCUCCGCAUCCUGCUGGAAAAGUCCGAGGCGAUGUUCCGUUUGAACAGGAAGGAGCUCAUCUCGGCCGAAUUCGCAGUUCUGGUCGCCCUCGAGUUCGCCCUUCACGUGCCGCACUGGGAAGUCUACCCGCACUAUCAGCGCUUACUCUACGAAUCCUGAAUCCUUUAAUUACUUGCCAUUACAUUGUAUUGUUUAAUAUUUUAAAAUAAAGUUUUCUGCAGGGUGGCAAAUAACUUUACUACGCAUUCAAAUUAAUAUUUUUUCUAAUCAAAUUACACACAUUCAUUAAAAAAUUAUAUUUUUAACUAAAUAAAAUCGUUCUUUAGCCUACAUUAAUUUAUUUUCAAAAAAGCUUAUUUUUACUGCCUCUGUCAAUUUGUGGCGGCUGGUUGUUUUUUUAUGUAUACCAAUAUCUCAGUUAUUAGACAUGGGACCCACACCAAAUUUAUAAUAGCUUAUAAUGACAUUAAAUAAACAAGUUC